UAUAAGAGGGUUUUGGUAUGAGAUGAACUGGGUAGGAUGUGGUGUCCUACAACACGGAAUAUAGGUUGUGGUUGAUUGCGGCUAAGUGUGAUGGAAGAGGAAGCGGUGCAGCGCAGAGGUGGCCACCUUAAGAAGAGGGCUUUAAAGAACAAAGCUUUGGGCAUCUCUUUCAACGAGAAAGACCUGAGAGACUAUGUCACUGGCUUUCACAAGCGCAAGAAGAAGAGGAGGAAGGAAGCACACAAGCUGCAACAAGAGGCAUUACGCCGCAAACGCACCGAAGACCGCAAAAAGAGGAAGUUGGAAAGAGAAUUCGUUAUUUGUGGAGGCUUACCUCCCAAUGAUGAUGAUGAUGAAAUCGAUGAGAACCCAGAAGAAGUUACUGAACAAGUUGAAUCUAUUGCUGGAACAAAGACAUACGAAAGUGCUGAUGUGAGAGUGACUGUUGUAACGAGUGAGAUCAACCCUGAAGAAGAAAAUUAUCCUAGUGAAAGGAAGGAGGCAGCAGUGUCCCCCCAUUCUGUUGUGGCUGCUGAUAAAAGGCAUGGGGCACCUAUAAAUAACAGGAAGUCUUUUAAGAAGGUUGCAAAACAAAGGUCACGAUCAAAGACCAGAAGUAAGGGUGAUAAAAAGAAAGGAAAGAAGCGGGGCAAGAAGUAAUAGUAGCUGAGUAUCUUGUGUCCUCAUCACAUUCCCAAGUCUACAAUAAAUUGUAUUUUGUGAAGGUGAUCAUUGAGUUCAGUAACUUGGCUGCCAGAACUCAUGUUUGCGAAUUCAGAGUUUUGCUUGUCUCUUAGUUAUAUUUAUCUCUAUAUACACACAGAGAAUCCAGUUGAUUAUCUGCUUUCUAAUGUCCAUCACAGGAUUUUCUUCUGCAGACUCUUUGCUGUAUUCCCAUUUUUAGCUGAUUCAUUUUGGGAUAUUUUAGAAUUAAGGAAGAACACCUAAUUUUUGUUCUUGUUAAUAGGUAAUUUUAUUGUUUAUUGUACAUUUAAUAGAUGCUCAUGUAUAACUUUUUCUAAAAAAAAAUGGGAGAUCUGACAUGUCAGUUUCUGAUCAAAAGAGAAGGCUUUCAGUUUUUAUUUUAUUAUUAUUUUAAGCGUUAUGGUUCAUC